UGGGCGCGGGAGGUCGGUAACAACUUUUCGGCCUUCGCGAAAUACAUGUCUGCCCAACCGUCAGUCAUUGUCGCUCUUCAGAAACUGUUGAUACUGUUUAUGGUCCGUCGCGCCGGAUAUUUUUUUGAGCUUUUGAAUGGAGUGACGGUGACGCUUAGACGAAAUUUGCCCUUUGCUGUGCACAAAUGACAAAAUGGCGUCAAAGGUGCUUAUGACAAUAAUAUGUCUAUUGAACCUCAAGAGGUUAGUAGAUGGUCAUGGUAGGCUGAUGGACCCUCCAGCGAGGAAUUCGAUGUGGAGGUUUGGUUUCCCCAAUCCAGUCAACUACAACGAUAAUGAACUAUUUUGUGGAGGAUACUCAGUGCAGUGGGAACAAAAUGAAGGAAAAUGCGGUUUAUGUGGAGAUCCUCAUCAUGAAGCGGAACCUAGGUCCCAUGAAGCUGGUGGAACAUAUGCUAAAGGUAUCAUAAGCAGACACUACGUAGUGGGCCAAGUAGUAGAUAUCGAAAUAGAACUUACAGCUAAUCAUUAUGGAAGGUUUGAAGUGUUAUUAUGCCCUAACAACAAUCCAAGCCAAGAAGCAUCUCAAGAAUGCUUCAACAGGUACCCCCUUUACAUACGAGGCACUAGAGAUUUGGCAUACCAGAUUCCUGAGGACGGAAAGAAGAAGGCUGUGUUCAGGUAUCAAGUGCAGCUCCCACCAUAUGUUACUUGUACACAAUGCGUAUUACAGUGGACUUAUUUUACUGGCAAUCAAUGGGGUAUGUGUCCAAAUGGUACCCAAGCGCAGGGCUGUGGGAAAUCAGAGACGUUCAGGAACUGCGCCGAUGUAGCUAUACAUACAAGUACAGGUGGAGGUGUUCCCCCGUUGUUUGUCGACAACUUGAAUCCAUACCAACUGUACUACAAGGACCAGAAUAAACCAGCGCCUUACAACGUAGUGCCAUUGGUCGUCAGAGAUCAAGUUUGCGUUCCAAGUAAACUCUACAGAGGAAUGCCUGGAGUGAAGAGCUGGUGUCAAACUAACUGCCUUAGGUAUCCACCGAACUGCCCAAAGGAUAUCUGUAUAUGCCCGAAUACUUGUGAUGCUGUUGGAAAAUACAAAGGCGAAUUUAGAGCUGACGUGGAUUGUAUGGAUAAGUGUUUGGUGUAUCCAAACAGCAAAUGCUCGGCAAAGGAAUGUGCGUGCUAUGAAGAAAGUGGGCUUAGAUGAGAACAGUCAUCCGUUAAGCAACUUUUUCUAAUACUGAGAACAAUAAUCUUAAAGCUUUAUGAAAGCAGUAUGAAAGUAUAAAUGUUUCAUUUUUGUUUUAAACCUAGCCAAACCAGUUGCUUCACACGGACAGCGAUAAAUAUCGAAUUCCAAAUUGCCAUGGUAUAUUUUCAUAAUAAAAACUCUA